AUGCCCGGCAUUAAGUUCGGGAAGAUCGACAAGUAUGUAAUAGCUGCCCCGGGAUGGGAGAUCGAGAUCCCGAGGAGGGUCAUGGACUGGGCCUUGUUCACGUACCUGGCCGAGUACGGGAAGUACAGCAUGCGCAAGAUGAAGAAGGGGGGUGGUCGUGAUCGCGAGGUGUCUGUCUCAGGCGCCCGACAGCACGGUGCCGGUCAUGGUCAGGAUAGGAGCCCCACGCGUGAUCUCGAUCAGAACCCUACUCGAGCUCUGUAA